CUACUUCAAUCAAUAGUCAUAAAUAAACUUGGAAAAUUCCAAGUAAAAAUAAGUAACUGCACCAAAAAAUGAUGGCACACUCUUCCCAGCAAGGGUAUGCCCCAUUAUCUCAAUCAAUCAGCGACUCGGAUUCAGAAAAAGAGAUUCAAAUGGAUUCGAUGAGAUCUCUUAAACCAAUGAAUGGGAUGCACAAAAAACUCAUUAGUAAUGGUUUUACACUUCCAAACCAUACCGUGCAUAAUCUAAAAUCCAAACCACCAAUGAGUUUUGCAAGGAAAUUGAGUUUUGUAGUCUCCAUUUUGGCUUGUUUUGUUACGGUUGUGGUGUUUUUAUGGGUUCCACCAUGCACGGGGACAUGUCCUAAGCGCAUCGCAUAUUGGGACAAUAAAUGGAGAAAUUUGGAAUAUACAGGAAAAAUUAAUAUUGUUCCAAGUGCUUUCCCUUUUAUAAAUAAUUUGGUGUUGUUGUUUAGAAGAAAUGUUAUAAAAAGUAAUGAUACAUAUACAACAGAUGGAGUUAUUUCAUUAAUGGGUGAUAGCGGGAAAGUUGCUUGGUUAAUCCCACAAAAUAGCACCCCAAAAGAUUUAAAUUGUUAUUUAAUCGAUGUUAAUAAUGAUACAGUUAUGGAUUGUUUAUUAAUAGGCGAAUCGGGUAUUGAGUUGAUUAACCCUAUAUCUGGGGAGAUAUUUUAUAGAGUAAAAAAUUUGGAGAAAAAAUCCUUAAGUGGAAUCGAUGUACCAAUUGCUAUAACGGACCUAAAUAAAGAUGGAAUAAAAGAAAUGAUAACCGUAGUAAACGGAAAAAAUUACCACAAUAAAUUCAUACUAAUCAGUGGAAGAACAGGAUUUAUUUUAACCAAAAUCAUAUUCAAACAUUGCAUUAACCUGAAUUGCAUUAAAUUUGAUCAAAAUUUAAUCACUUUCUCUUGCACCAAUUCAACAGAAAUCGAAUAUUUUCAAUUAACAUUAAAAAACAUUGAGGAACGUUAUCAUAAUAAAAGUUAUGAGGUCACACCGAUUAAAAUAAGUUAUUCCCCGGUUAAAGAAAACGAAUAUAACCUAAAAAAUUUUAAACUUAUUGUUAAUAAUGUAGGGAUUUGCCCUGAAUGUCACACAAAUCUAACUCUUUAUAAUGACAAAAAUACGAGCGUUUGGAUGUUAUCACAAUCAAAUAGUUUUGUAAUGAAACCGACAACUUUUUCAUUUCAAUCAACCAAAUCAAAUUUGAUUUCAUUAAGAGGUCAUCUAAACGGAUUUAUUAUUAAAUAUUGGCAGUACACGUUAGUACAAGAAAAGAAAUACCUAAAAGAUACGCCUAAUUUGCUUCAAACUGACCAAUCUCCAAUGAACUUAAUCAAUGAAGGUGUCGUUUUAAUAACUUUUAACGAAACAGACGUGCACGUUAUUAAUGCAAGUUUGACACAAAUAGCUCAGAUGUGCUUUUUAGUUAAUAAUUCUGAAGAUGUUUGUCAACCGGCUUUAGAAAGUCAAGAAAAUUCGUUGGCGGUUAACGAUUUAGAUCAAGAUGGGUCUUUGGAAUUGAUCACUUAUGAUACCAAGUACGUUGACGUUGAUGGUAAUUGGAAAUUGUUCUCUGAAAUGAAAGUUAUUCGAUUGGAGACUGAGUUGCCAAAACUUUACAAUGCACCUAAAUGAAUUCUCUGUAUAAAUUUUAUUUUAAAUAGCUGUGAUUAAUAUUUAACGAUCAAUAUUUAUUAAACUAAGUGUGUAUCUAGUCUAAUUUAAAACGAUACAAUUUUGUGCAUAAAAAUCACUCCUUUGACUCUGUUGUUGGAGGUUAGAUUAAAACAAUUCUAGUCACUGAUGUAUUUAUUGUUUUUAAGAAAAUUUAAUAUAGAAUAUGAUUAAUGUGUGAUUCAAUAAACAAAGAUGAUUAAAUGUU